GCGGAGGACUUGCGAUGCCUAACAAACGCAACUUCGGCCACACACAUGAUGUGCUACCGAAACAAUGUCGAUUGAUGUUUAUUUCCUCUCCUAAUAAGUUUUCCCUUUGAAUUUGUUGGAAAUUCAGUGUGCGGUUGGCGUGAAUGAAUUACGAUGUCUCUAUCAUCGGCCAAACGAUAUGUUUUGAGGAUCUAAAUCGAGAAGAUGAAUAGUUUGCAGUGCCGAACAGGGAAGAGGAUGGCCACUCACAGCAUCUGCGGCUCCAGAAGCAUGUCAUUUGAUUUCGGCCACUUUGUGUGUAGGUAUGGUGGACACGGUACACUUCAAUCUCAGCAUCAUCAGCAAGGAUAUGAUGUAAAGAAUAUAGCUUCAUUGGAGGUAUGUUUGAUCAGAAGACUAAAAGUCAAGAGCAAAAGUUCAAGGAGAUGUACCCUAUCAGUCUUGAUACUUUUAGUGUUGGAACUCAAGAAGAUUCUAAUUAUUUCAAUAAAGAGGAGAAAACUUGUCCAGGACCAAUACUUGGUAGUAACUGCCCAUCACGUUGGCAUAUGAUCAUGUGCCGUGUGCUAUGCCCAUAGCAGAAGUUCAAAAUUUGUCAACUUUUCUAGCUCUGACUGUGACUUUAUCAAUAAUUUGCUAUGAUUUCACCCAAUAACAGCUACAUUAAGGGGAGGGGAGGGGUAGGGGUAGCUCACCAAGGUUGUCCUUAGAUUUUCUCAUUGUGGGAGGUCUUGAAUUCGAGUCGCCCUAUCAACAAAAAAGGCUUCCUUUCACCUAUUUAUGGGGGUGAGAGUUUGACUUUGUUUUACUAGGUAUCACUAUUACCAACUCUAAAAAAUUUCCAGCCCUAGUUGGGGUAUGACCAAACAAGUAGUGGCAAACGGGUAUACUAAUCCGUAGUUCUAAGCCAGAGAUCGGAGUUUUUUGUGCUGGGGCUGCAAUGUAGUGGGCCGGCUAGUAUAAAAAGUUACCCUCUAAAGUUUUAUUCGGUGGACAUUGUGUAGUUGACAAAAGCAGACAAUGUCAUAACUUUCUAAUCACAGAGCCAGUGGCCGACCUUGAACCCACGCGUAGAAGGUGAAGGUCGCACAAGAAGGCCGGGGGGUGUGAAGUCUUGAAGGGGAACAAUGCUAGGUGGACUAAUGACGAGGAAGAAGUCCUUGCCCAUGCAUACAUCGAUACGUCUGAAGAUCUAAUCAUCGGCCAAAGUUCUCAAGUGCAAUGACAUAUGGAACGAAACCAACAACAAAUGAAGGAGUGGGCAAAGU